CACUCACCCAGGUGAGGAGGCUCUCCCCGAGCUCGGCCCGCUCCAGGCUCUCCACGUUGAACAUGGCGGGGCACAGCGGAAGGAGCUGACGGCCGUGGCCGGCUCGGGUCGGUACCGCCGGCGACCCCCUCCCCCCCACGUCCUGUCCCGGGCCGGGCCGGGCCGCGGCGUCCACACGUCACAGCGACCUGACGAGAACAACCCGCGCGCGCCUGCGCGGUGCAGCCGCUGCGCGGUGGUGUGGGGAGACGCCAGCGGGGGGGAGGGGGCGGGGCUGCGGCCGGAGGCAAGCGUCGUGCGCGCCGGGGGCUGAGGUAGCUCUGCUCGAUCUGUCAGCGCUGCUGCGCCCCGGCCGGGCCGUGUCGAGUGCAGGGAAGUGGCCGGAUCUGCAGUCAAGCAUCGCCAGCCGGGCCCGCUGCAGCCCGCGGAGGCCCUAGUACGCCGCGGGGUCCGUCCCUUCCCCCGGCUGUCUGCGCCCUCGGCUGUCACGUCGCCGCGCCUCGGAGGCCGGCGGCGAGUACGAGCUGGUUGGGAAGGUCUCGGGGAGGGCCGGGAGGGACCGGCACUGUCACUCCGAAGCCAGGGACAGCUUCGGGAGCCUGAGCUGGUGAGAAGGCUGCACCCACAGACGUUCUCUUGAUAAAAUGAACAUCAGAACAUACACCCAGAAAAUCAAGAGCUAGUGCGGGCUCUUCGUCAGCAGCUUCAAACUGAGCAGGCAGUUCUGGUAUGUGGAGGAGAGGAUGGGAGAGCAUGGGACAGAUUGCUGGAAAUUCCGGAGUCCCAGGCCUAUAGUGAAAACCCAUGCUUUUGGAGAGUACUGAGAAGAGUCUUUCAUCAUAUACUUCUUGAAACAACGACAGAAUUUUAACUACAGUGUGCAUUUAUGUGGAAGUAAAAUAUGACAAAAUGGGGAGAAAACCCAUGUCAUGGCAAUGAUGUACACAAUGUCUAUGCUGAUGUCUAUGCCUGGGAACACUAAAUACUGCAACUGCUGGAUGCUUCUGCUUAUGAUAGACAUCACUUCUAUACAGAUAUGUCCUGUCCAGUCUGUUUGCAACAGGCUACGUUUCCUAUAGAAACAAACUGUGGGCAUCUCUUCUGUGGUUCCUGCAUUAUUGCCUAUUGGAGAUAUGGCUCAUGGCUUGGUGCCAUCCGUUGUCCAAUCUGCAGGCAAACGGUGACAUUGUUUUUACCACUCUUUGGUGAAGAUCAGCAGGAUGCAACCCAAGUAUUGCAAGAUGUUAAUGAUUACAAUCGGAGAUUCUCAGGACAGCCCAGAUCUAUUAUGGAAAGAAUUAUGGAUCUGCCCACUUUAUUGCGGCAUGCUUUCAGGGAGAUGUUUUCUGUUGGGGGUCUCUUCUGGAUGUUCCGCAUCAGAAUAUUCCUCUGUCUGCUUGGAGCUUUGCUCUACCUGGCUUCACCUCUGGAUUUUCUUCCUGAAGCCCUCUUUGGAAUUCUGGGGUUCUUGGAUGAUUUCUUUGUCAUUUUCCUUCUGCUGAUAUACAUCUCUAUCAUGUACCGAGAAGUGGUUAUGCAGCGGCUGAACAGAUGAAGUAGAUGAAAAGGACUCAAAUACAGAGGCAGUUACAGAAUGUUUUACAAUAUGACUAUGAUACAGCAAGGCGCCUGUGUACAGUUUGAGUAGUUAACAAUUUCAUAUCUGGUCAUUUUACACAAAUACGGAGGGUUAAUGUGUGGUGAUGCUUAACUGGAAUCUUUAAUUUCUGUAUUACAUGCGCUUCAUAAGGAUGACAUUAGUUUUGUGAUAAAAUGAACUACCUUCAUCUGCUUUCACCUGUUGAACAACUGUGUGUUAUCAGAAAAAAAAAAACAACAAACAUCUUUUUGGGGGGUUUGUGCUUUGAGAGAAAAAGGAGUUCAAGUAAAGGACUUCUAACAAAAAAUCUAUUUGGUAAUCUAGACAUGUAUAAGGAAAUUCAGAAAUUGUUCGCAGUGUAGGUAUCACAGCUAAGUUGUUUAACAUCUCUCUGUUGUGGACUAGAGUUUCUUAAAACAAAAGUAGCUAUGGGUGUCUGUGUGGAAGAAGAAACCCAAGGGCCGCACUACAGUUAUCACCUGCAGUUUGCCAAUAUCCACAUGCUUCACAAAGACAAAAACACCUCAGUAUUGCUUGGACUGCACUAUGUAUGGAUGCAUGCAGUUUGUACAGUUUUAUUUUUGUAUUUGGGAAUGGACACAUAGCAUUUGAUUUAGGUAGAGAAACCAGUAUUAUACACACCAGACUGGUUAAUGCUCUGUUUUUAAAUGAAAGCAUGGGUUUUUUCUGCAGGCUUGUUUAUUUGAUAGGUAUGUAACAUGGAAGUGACCAAAGGGAGUACUUGCACUUAUUUAGUUGCAUUAAAGCAUUCAGCCAACAGAAAGAAACAUAAAAUUUAAAUAGUUGGAGAAAAGAAGUCAGAACUGGAUGUUUAUACUACAGGACUUUACCUGAAAAUACAUUCUGCAAUACAAGUGUUAAAUGACUUAGAUAUUGGGGUGUUUGAUUUUCAGUUGGGGCUUUUUUGGUUAGUUGAUUGGUUGAUUUGGAUGUGGGUAGAGGGAUUUCUGAAUUACUUUCAAAAAGAUCUGUUACAAAAAAGAUCCUGAAAAUAUUUUCAGGGGCACAAGGAUUAAUUAUCCUUGAAGAUGAUUUUGGGGGGGGGGUGGCAUGUUGAAUUGGAAUACCAGCUGUCAUAGCUACAGAAGUAAUGAGAAGAAAAAUAAUUUUAAGAAAUGAAUGCCACUAGAAAAGUCAAGGGUGUGAUAGUGCUAUGUACUUUUUAGCUAGAGGAGCGGUAAUUGCCAUGUUAAUUUAGCUUCCUGAGUACUUGAAAGAGGCAAUUAGACAGGUGAUUCUUUUUGUGUUUACGUAUAGCAGAUGAGACUUAAAAUGGAAGGGACCUUGUCACAACUUCUAUGCUUUCCCAUGCAGGCAUCCUUCCACAACUUCUAACACUGGGCAUGUGCAGAAAAAUUAUAGAGCUGGCACUUAGUAUGCCAGUGGUUGGGGUUGGAUAUUGUUCUUUAUUGUCACAGUUUUAAGCAACCUUCAUUUAGAAGUAAAUUUCCUUCUUUAUCAUUUGAAAAUCCAAAGAUGUUUUACAAAUGAACUGGAAAGCUGUUUAUUGCUGUUUAUAAGAGAUGGACAAGAGGAAAAACAAGAAGUGAAACAAGAGUGGGAGAAGGAGAGCAAGAUAGAAAAUUAUACUUUUUGGAAGUGAAUGCUGGGAUUUUUUCUUGCAAACUAACUGUUCUUGAGCAUCUUAGUUGAACUUUGCUCUUUCUUUUAGCAUUGCUAAUGUACGGUGAUGGCUUAGUGGCUACCUCAGUUUAAAGUCAUUAUGGUGUUAUUAGUAAGUGUGGGUUGUUCAUAAAAUGUUAGGUUCAUUUGCAAAGCAGGAUAGUCAUUUAGGAUGUUAGGUAAGACAGGAUUUUGCAGUUUUACUAUAAGGAUUGUUCUGGUUUGGGUUUGAGUUUGGGUUGUUUUUUUGGGCUUUUUUUUUUCCCAAGGGAUCCAGAUGAGAGCAAAUUCCAAAAGUGUACUUUUUAGUAAAUUUAACACCCCUUUUUCUCCUUGAGUUUAAUUUGUGAGUCUGCUUAGACAAGAGUGUGAACUGCUGUUACAGAACAACUGGAGUCUGUUCAUAGAAUCUGUUGAUCUAGUACUGCUUCCAUAUGUUUAUCCUAUGGUUGUGUUUGUACUUUCUUUCCAUGAUUCUAAAUCCAGAAUGGAUAUAGAUGUACAUGAAGCUGCUUACUGAUUUGUUAUUGUUGAGGUCCCAAAUUCUACAUGCUACUGCAGUGUUCCUGCAAAGGUGUUCAUCCAAGGGGUCUGCUCCUGAAGAAUAGACCUCGAGUACCUGAAAUCACAUACAAGCCAGAUCUGAGUAGUUACGUAAAGUUUGCCUUUGUUCUAUUUCUUCCUUCACAAUGUUUCUGCUAGCCAGAAAAGUUCCACUCAAGGGGCAUUUACUUACUUUUGUAUAUUGAGUAACAUCAUAAACUUAAAUUCAGCACAUUAAAUGCUGGACAACCAGGGCUGUCUUUCCUUUCCACUGAUACGUGUGCUUGCUUGUGGAGAAUUUUUUUUUUUUUGGUCCUGCAAGACACUGGUGAAUUUUGUGAACAGCUGUGAUCUGAAGAUGCAUCUGUCCUGCAGUGUCUGGCUGCUGCUCCUUGACACAGAUCUGAACUAGAUAUAAGUUAGCUGUCAUGAGCUCUUGGCUUAAACUCAACUUAAGCUCUAGGUCUCCCAGGAGGCUGGACAUUAAUACAUGAGCCUGUGGUGUUCCUGAACUGUGUCCUGCAAAGUUGUUCUGGCAGCAAUGCAAAAGGUAAAGCUGGCCUCAGAACAUGAAGGGAAUACCUGAUGCCAUGUGGAAAGAUUGCCAGUGUCACUGCUCCAGGAAUAGGACAGCCAUGUCACUAAAGGGGAGAAGAGGAAAAAAAACCGAAAACUUCAGCAGCAGUUGCAGGGAAAAAAUACAGUCCUUAAAGGACUCUUACAGCUUCACCAAAAACUCUGUGAAAUGUUUGAUUGUUAUUAUCAAAGGGGAAAACUGAAGUUAUAUGUAAUGGCUCUUACAGAAUAACUUGUAGCAUCAUGAGACCCAAUGGUCAUCCUUACGACAAGUGCUGUAUAGAGCUAUCCGCCACACCAUUGACAUCUGUGAGGAUGAGGCAGAAUGGUGUGAUUUGGGGAUACAGUUUUGCCAUAGGUUUCAUAGAACUGUAGCAACAACCUGUGUGUUAUACUAGAUUUUUAAGACAAAAAGAUUUAAACCUACUUGUAACUUUUAAUGAUAAUAAAU